UUAUUGCAAUGUGUAUGUGGGUGGAAAACAGCAGAGAGAGAGAGAGAGGGGGAGAGAGAGAGAGAGCUUGCAGACCUAAGGCGAGGGGAGCCCAGAGAACAAGCUAUAGAUGCAGAGGGAUAUGAGAGAGGCAGACACAUGCUAGACACCGAGGAACAGCAGAAGAGUCUGGGUCAUAGAUGAUGGCAAAGGAUGUAAUGAAGAAGCAUCUCUAGACCAAAGAAAGAGCAGGAUAUAAGUAUUUUUUUAUUCAUAUCUUCAGCCGAAAGUUUAUUCUCUACAAUUUUUGGGGACGUUCUGCCUACUAUAUAUAAGACUCCUAAAUGGCGGAGAGGGCUGGCAGAUCCGAUGACCUGAAGCGGGCAUCCAAAGCAAGGCAAGAUCAUAGCAGAAACAACUACCCUCCCACGUACCCUGGGUGAGCUGCAGCUGUAUCGAGUUCUACAGAGAGCCAACUUAUUAGGUUAUUAUGAUACCUUCAUCCAGCAGGGAGGUGAUGAUGUUCAGCAGUUAUGUGAGGCUGGAGAAGAAGAAUUCUUGGAAAUUAUGUCUUUGGUUGGCAUGGCUACAAAGCCACUCCACGUCAGACGGCUGCAAAAGGCCUUACGAGAUUGGGCUACUAAUCCAGGACUAUUUAACCAGCCCCCAUUGAACAGCGUCCCUCUCAGUGCCAGUAUACCAUUGUUUAAGAUAUCAGAAACAAUGGGCAGAGUAGCCCGACCAUGCAAUGGACAUGUUGGUAACAUCGAAACUUUAAACAAAGGAAUUAGUGGUUUUGUUCUUCCAGAACAACAAGACCAGCUUGGUAAAAGAUCUCCUUCCCAACUAGAUAACAGGCCAUGGACAGUGCAAGUGUCUCCAGAACUAAAUGAAGGAGAUGAUGAAGAUGUUGAUGAUGAUGAAGAUGGGAGAGGAACUCAAUAUGCAACAGCAGGUGAAAGAUUAGAUCCUGAGCUGGCACAUGUGAUCUCUGAAAGCGUUGAGAGGCUAAUGAAAGGCUUACCGCGGGGAGAUAUAACUGAGGCGCGAUCCAUGCUGAAAAUAAACAAAAAAUUGGGACGAUCACUAGGCCAUAUCUUUCAGAUCCCAGAGGGAGGGCCAAAAAAAGAAAGGGAGAUUCGAAGACACAGUGCUAUUUAUGGAAGAAGUGACUCGAAGAGGCGGGAAGGAAAGAGACUCACUCUGCAUGAGCUCACGAUAAAUGAAGCGGCAGCUCAGUGUUGUAUGAGGGAUAACACCUUGCUCCUUAGGAGGGUAGAGCUCUUCUCCCUAGCAAGACAAGCGGCCCGAGAGAGCUCCUACUUGGCAUCUCUGAAGUGUUCUAGGUUAAACCCUGAGGAGACAGGUGCACCGCCAACAAAAAUACCAAAGCAAGAGGUUGUGGAAGUCCCACUACAAGGAGAAUCAGAAGGUGUAACUACUACAUCAGCAAGACAUAGCUUAGAGGAGGACAGCGGCAGUGUUUCUGGGGAAAGCAUGGAUGGUCAUUUGCAAGCAGCUGUAACGGUAAGAAUACCCACCUCGCCUGGAGCUACAGACCUAUCCCUUGCUCUACCACAUCCAGCACCAUGGAGCAGACAGCUUUUGCAACAAACACUGAUGGAUGAAGGCUUACGACUUGCCAGGCUUGUGUCACGUGAUAGGCUGGGCCGUCUCAGUCUGUGUGUGCCUGGUACUCCACAUAUUGCCGAAUGUGAUGAUGGUGGUUCAGAAAGCUGUUCAAGCCUGCCAGUUUCUCCGCAAAUUACUGACCUCAGAUCUGGCAGCUGCAAGGAACAAGAAUAAAGCAAACCAGGCAAAAUGAAUACAAUGUAAAGAUAAGAAGUAACAACUACAGAAACCAUUUAUUCCCUCCCCUAAAGCCAUGUAGGACACUGAGCCAUCUCUAAUAAUGACGUAUUACCAGCUCCAGUGGCCUCUACAUUGAAUAUUACCAGCGCAAUCAUAUAGACUGGACAGCAGGUAAAGCCAUGCCGUGUCUGGUCAAUCACUCAGAUUGUAGGAUUAGCCGAAAUUAAAUGUACCAAACCUACUUAUGGACCAUGACGUGAUAUUCUAUUCAAGUAUGGCAUUAUUGUAAGUUCCAAUAUAUUGUAAUGAUUAUUGUAUUCUGUUUCUCUUUAGACAUAUUUGUUACAUAGAGCAACAAAUGGCUUUGUAACAUUAGUUGCCAGAUUUUUUUGUAAUAGAAGUUCAGUGCUAUAUAAUACAAACUGGACGUCAUGAAUACAAUACUAGACUUUUUAAUUUGGGUAUUAGCUUGGGAAUUCUAGUUUUGUUAUCUAUUUUAGCUGUUGUUGUCUACUGCCGCUUUAAGACUCAGCUCCCAAGCAACAACAUAUAUGAGGUCUUAGUGAUCAGACAGGGGAACAUUGAUAUUCUCCAAUGUAUAACCUCAGCAUUAGUUCUUAAAAAAUAAAUCAGAAAGUGAUUGGGUGCAAUCUACAACUAUGCCUUAAAGGGGUUGUCCCAGGAUCUAAGAAGUUAUAUACUGUACUUACCAUGCUCCCUGAUGCUCCAGUUUUGCCUCCUUGCUGACACAACUCAAUAGAUUUCCCCCUGCUUGUGUCUUUUAUGUCUUCUGAUGUCAUACAACCCCUUAGAAUUAGUGACUUAUAAAAAUGUAUAUACAUUGUAGUUGAAUCUCUUCAAGCUCUUAGAAUUGGAAAUAUUGAAGACAAUGUAGUGAUCAAGGGAGAAGAUAUGUUUGAAUUCCUAUCAGUAAUCCCAUUGAACAACAAUACAGUCAGCAUCUGCCCAGCCUAAAAAAAAUAAAAAAUAAGAAAUAUAUAUAUAUAUAUAUAUAUAUAUAUAUAUAUAUAUAUAUGAUUCAGCUUUAUAACAAUUCCCCUCUUUGAGGUUAGUGUCCUUAUCACGAGGUUGGUAAGAAAUCAUGAAUGGCUAACAGAUUAGUAGACCUGAAAACAUCAAAAUAUAAGUCUAUACAUCACCUUUUUCUGUCUUUUAAUUCAGGGUUACAGCUAAGGACUCAUAUAUAUAUCAUUCAUAUUUGGGAAAUACUUUGAUUUAUACAAAGGCGAUGGCAGUUUGACCAGAUUAAGCAUACAUUUACCAGUAUUCAGGCUACUAUCAUACAUCCAGACUACUCUAAAGGCAAGCAGAAUGGGUUGAACAAUCAGGGGUUACCAUAAACCUUGACUUGGGUCUAGUAUCUUUGCCUAUGACUUUCUGUAUGAUUUUACCAUUUACUGAAUUCUCUUACUAAACACUGCGGUUCAGUGGGGUAAAAAGUUUCAAUGGCUUGUAUAACCAAACCAAAACUCCCAACUAUGGAUGCUAUGUAUUAAGUCCAGAGCUGUGGUUAUCUUUUGUAUACAUAUAGGGUUUUGUAUAUAUCAGGGAGCAUUUCCUUUUUACCUUUAGCUCAGUCUAAAUCCUCUAUUGUAUAAUCCCCUUAGACCGACCCCUUUUUGUUACAAAGCAAUAAUCUGACUCUGUAUUCUUCCUGCAAUAAAUGACUCAGAUAAUCCAUCGCAGCACCGCUGUCACUUCUCCGUGCAGUUCUAGGAGAUAGGAAUCACUUUGCUGGUUAGUAUACAAUAAAGCCAGUAUGUUAAAAUGCGUUUUCAGUAGUUAGUAAAAAUGUGUAACCAAGAUGAUUUACUCUUUGCCUUGGUACAUGAUAAGCAUUUCUUCUACUUGCAUACAGCUAACUGUGUAUAUAGAUAGCUCAAUAAUAAAGUAGAAUCAGCAACUAUACUGUACAUUCCAAUAGGAACAUUGAAAUCCAUUUUAUGUUAUUUAUGGUUGUUAACUCUAAAAUGUUCCUCAGUUGCCUUUAUUAUUAACUUAUUGUGUUCUGUUCUGACACAGUGGCACUGCGCAGUAGUGAAUCGUAUAAUCCAUGUUAUAGUCUUAACUUCACUUGAGUAAUCUGUCAUCUUGCUGUACGUAUAACUGUGUCCAUUAUCGUCUGUAGUCUUGUAUUCUGAUAUACUGUAGUUAUUAUAUCUGUAGAAUUUUGUCUUGUCCUUUCUUGAAUGUCAAAAUUGUUUUGUCCGUAGUAAGAAAUAUUUCACUGCAUGAUGUCAAAUGAUUGUAGAUGUUUCAUAAAAAACAAAAAUCACCGAUCAAUAAAUGCACUGCUGACUUCACAGCCAUGUACAUUACAGAUUUGUGUAGAGAUCUCGCUACCUAUUUACCUUCAGAUAUCAAGCAUACAAUAUAGAAAAUUAGAUCCAUCUGCCAAUGGGUACCGUAUUUUUCGCCCUAUAGGACGCAUCGGCAUAUAAGAUGCACCCAAUUUUAAAGGUGCAAAAUCUAGAAAAAAAAGAUUCUGCACCCAACAGUGAUCUUCAACCUGCGGACCUCCAGA